ACUGGAAGAAGAAGUUAAAAAUAAAAAAAAAAGUUAAAAACUAGAAUUCAACUUAAUUUUUUUCAAAUAAAAACAAAGUUUAAACCCUUGCUCCACAUUCCGAGCUCCAUCCAUGGCGUUCUCAUAUACUUCAUCUCCUUCAACUCCUCUCAUUUCCUCUCCCACUCGAGCUCUAUCCAGAAAUUUCUUCUUCACAUUCCCCAAGCGAACCUUCAUAACCAGAAAAGCUUCCAAUCUCACCUUCUUCUGCACGGCUCGGGAGCGCAGCAUUCCAACUACAGAGCAAGCCAUUCUCGAAGUCAUGUCAGAGCUCGAUGGAACCGAGAAAUUGAUUCCGGCAGUGCGGGUUUACGAGAACGACCUCGUUCGGUUGACACUGGAUGGCUCCGUCGACUUUCAGCAGGCUGUUACGGCGGCGGCUGCCGAUGGGGGAGAGGCUGCGGGCGACCACAUCCAAUCUGGCUUGCCGGCCAUGGUCGUCCAGACAUUUUUCCCUGGCGAAUCUAGUGAUCGCAGCACUAUUUCAACCAGACUGUUCUUACCAGCUAUAAAAGUUAAGGAAAAAGCAAAAAAGCUUAAAAGCUCUGUUACCAAAGAUAUCCUGUCCAGCACAACAUCAAAAAAUAUUCUCGCCAUGACGUUUAGGCAAGUAAUUUUGCAGCAGCUUUUGAACUUUGAACUGAUUUUGUUUAGACCUGGAACAGAAAGAACAAUGGAUGAACUUGACAACCCAAGAGAGGUACCUGCAUCUUUCAUCCUCAACUCCUCCGAUGAACAUCUCAUUUCUGUACUAGCAGAAGUUAUUUGCAUUUCUUCUCUUGAAAGCACCCAAAGGCGUUUUUCUCCCAACUCAUUAGCAAGUCAGUCAAAUGACUUCGUCCCGUGGUUGCGUUCACCUAAAAGGGUUGUAUCAAAAGAUUCCUCAGUCAUUUUGUAUAACUUAUUUGAAAAUGAGGUAGUUGCAAAUGCAAGAACUUUGUUGGAAAGAUUUCGUUUAGGAGUUGGAAAAUAUAAGCCAAAAGAAACAUACAGGAAGAUCAAUUGGCUGGCAUCACCAGCACACCUGAAGUUGGAACAGAUUGGUGGUCCUGAAUUUGCUGCUUGGGCUAGUGAAUAUGUUCCUUCUUACUUGUUGCAAAUUAACACUGAUAAACUGAGGAAUGUGAAACUUGAGGGGUGGAGGGAAUUGGAUUCAAAGUUGCACGAGGUCUUUUUGACUCAUUCUCAAAUGGUUGGUUUGGCCGACAUUCUGGAUAUGUACUAUGAAGAUGUGUAUACACUCCCUUCCAAACAACUGUCUUCUGGUGUAAUUUUGAAACCCGUGAAGCUCUCUACUUCUAAGGGAAGCUUUUCUUUUUUGAAAUGGCUAUCUAUUGUCCUUGCUAGUGGGAUUUUUAUAGUUUCUCUCAAAGCGCUAUGUCACAUUUACAUGCAACAUGUGCCAAAUAGGAGCAAACCUCAAACUCAAGAAAUUCGUUCCCUUCAUUCUUAUGACAUGAACUAUGUUCGGAAUUGCUUUAUGGAGCCUAGCAAGCUGGAAGCCUGCUGUGUUUCGGUUGUUAGAAGGAUCAAGAGUUCUCUUGGUUGGCCUGGAGAAAUUAGGACAUCUGGCUGCAACGCUUGGAUUGGAGAAAUCCCAAAAUGCCUUGGAAGCAUCAUGGAAGUUGAGUCUAAUCCCAGAAUCUUGGAAAAUAAUGAAGUUAAUGCAUCUGCACAAGACAUCGCCAACUAUCAGGUAGUGCUGUCUAUGGAUGGAAAGGUUGUUGGGUUCCAACCAACAAGCCGAGUUGCAGUCAAUCACUGGGCAUCAAACCCUCUAACCAAAGAGCUAUAUAAUGGGAAGGACUUGUCUCCCGGCUUUAUCGAACGUGGUCUUAACAUCAGGCACCCAGGUGAUGUUGUACUCGACUUGUUGAUGUCCGUAAACCCUGAGUCCCAUUUUGCCUUGGUCAGGCCACACAAUGUUGCUGGAUGAAAGAGAAAUACUAUCGUGAAGUCGAAUUCCGUUUUUUGGAGCUGACUUUCCCUUUGACUCGCCUUGUUUUCCAUUUGACCAUAUUUUCCAACGUCAAGCCAAACACUUAAAUUAAUGAAAAUGACUUCCACAGGUCAUUUUCCAGCAUUCCAAAUGGAUCCUUAAAGAUAAAAACAUUCCUUGUUUGGUUUGCUGUUCUAUUCUUUCAAGUG